AUAGAGAUGUUCAGAGAGGCAAAUCCAAAUCGAUCACUGCGUAUUUCUGCCACCUUAUUCAGCUGUGGCACUGUAAAAACUCCGCAGCCUUCCCUCCAAAAGCAAUUGAGAAGAUCGAAGAACUGGGAUUACGAGUACAAGAAGCAGGGUCGGGCAUAUAGAUCACAGAAUCUUGUUAGCUAUGAAUGCCAGAAGGGACUUUCGUAACAACAAAACUGCUCUUUUAGAUGGAAUUGAGGAGGGUGGCAUAAAGGCCUCAUCUUCUUACUCUCAUGAAAUUGAUGAGCAUGACAAUGAAGGAGCAAUAGAUGGAUUGCAAGACAGAGUCAUUCUGCUGAAGAGAUUGUCAGGAGAUAUAAAUGAGGAGGUGGAAAGUCAUAAUCUCAUGCUGGAUAGAAUGGGCAACGAUAUGGACUCAUCAAGGGGAGUCUUGUCAGGAACCAUGGAUCGUUUCAAGAUGGUAUUUGAGACCAAGUCAAGCCGGAGAAUGUUUACACUUGUGGCAUCAUUUGUCGUCAUUUUUCUAGUUAUAUACUAUCUUACUAGGUAAUCAAUCUAUGAUGGAUUUGCUAGAGCUUUUGUGAGACUGGGACGAGAAAUCUCGCUUCAUUACUGUAAUCAGUGUUUUCCUGCCUUUAAGAUUUCAUGGUAAGAAUGUAUCAAAUUGAUGUGAAAUAGAUGGAAUGGUUAGCAGUUAAUAUGCUGUUUGCAUCUCA